UGUGAGCAGGGAACGGUUUAUGCGGAACAAAGUGAAUGGCAGUUAGCUACGAUCUAAUACACAUUUAAUAAAUCAAUGUCUAGAUUCAUUGUUUAUCCGCUUAAUCAAGCGAGAAUGACUAUCAGAUCCGUGGAGACGAGACGCAUCCACAAUUCGCACAUUUCCAUUCAUCGACCUACUAUAAUUAUUUUAAUAUUCUGUAUUUAGCAUAUUUCUAAACCACUGCGGUGAUUUAACAUUAACAGUGAUUGUUUUGACUUUGGUUUGAACCUUUAUUUUGAUUAACUCAAGCCGGUGGUAAUCCUACUCAACCCGGAAGUACUCAUAUUAGCUGUAUCCAUGCUAGCCAGUUGACUGUAAUGCCAAACACGAAACACUUUGCGUUAUCCUUGCCCAGUGUAGGCGAACUAUUCGAUUUUAUGUGUUAUUUUAAAGGAUAUGUGUUUACAGUUUGUCCACAAUGUAGUUUAAUUCGCACCCUCCGUGCUUUUAGGCAGUACCUAAGUCGAAUUACAGCUGGAGGAGCAGGAGUACCGGUGGUGAUGCUGACGUUAGGAGAUGUGAUACCGUGAAGGAAAAAUGUUUUCUGCGUUCAGGAGUUGCUCGGAAUCCACUUUCGGCCAUGUGACAUCAGUGGGCAGCAGAUGAUGGAGAAGAGGAGGGAGCACGGCAGGGGCACCAGGAAAGCUGCUUUACCCGCAUCUGCUCUGGGGGCAGGCAUGGGGCCCGUAGGUGAUCCUGGAAGAGCCGUCGUGGCCCCUCAUAGCCGCACUCCUCGUGUGACUGUGCUCCUCAGAGAGUUUGAAAACUUUGAGAAUUAUGUUAGGGAUGUGGCCAGUUCAUUUCUUAGGCAACGACCUGAACUUCCUUUCCUGGUUAUGGCUGACACUCCUCCGUACCCGCCUCUGGUGCUUCCCGAUGGCGCUCGGCUUAUGGUGCUCUCGCCAAGCCCGGAUCAGCCGCCGCAAGCUCACAGGCCAGAGUUCCACGUCCAGACAGAAUUUGCGCUCCUGGUUCCUGACGGCGUGGAGCUGGAGCCGGCCCGAGCUAUUGAGAGGCUGAUUAAGGAGCUGGAAGGUGAGGGUGGGGGUCCAGUGAGGCUGGUGGCGUCACCCGUGCUAGCUCGAUCCGCCGUGGAGUGUCUCCACUUGCGGGUGAACCUUCGAGAGUGGACCGCCACUUACUCGACCGCUGCAUCAGGGAGCAGUGGGAGUGUGUGUACGGCCUUGCAAGGAGAUGCCGUGGUCCUCAUCCGCACCGAGGAUCUUUUUAAUCUCUCUGUGCCACUCGGGAGGCCCCUUUUCUCCUCACUCUUCAUCCAGACCACUCUGAGGGGUUGGAAGGUUAAACUCCUCGAGAGCCCGUGUUUCUCUGCCAACCGCCGGCCCCUCUUCAGCUCGGCUCACAACCAGUGGAAGGCCGACACUCGCCUGAAGGAGGCCACCGGGAAGUUGAUGAGGAGCUUUGGCGUGAAGCGUGUCCUGUUCCCCGAGGGGAAGGAGCAGUGGCAUGGCUGCAGUAAAGAGACUCCUCGCUGCUUCGGCACAGUGCAGGACGACACCCCCGAUUAUCUCUAUCUUGAUCGCUGGACGCCGCCUUGUUGUCUGCGCGCUCUCCGAGAAACUACCAAAUACGUCAUCAACAUCCUGGAGAGCUCCGGGGUACGCUACUGGCUGGAAGGCGGGAGCUUGCUCGGGGCCGUCCGCCACCAGGACAUCAUCCCGUGGGAUUACGAUGUCGACUUGGGCAUCUACCUGGAGGACGUACCCAACUGUGAUCACCUGAAGAACCUGGACUCGGGCUCUUUGGUGGACGCCAACGGCUACGUGUGGGAACGUGCGGUGGAAGGCGACUUCUACAGGGUGCAGUACAGCGAGGCCAACCACCUGCACGUGGACCUAUGGCCCUUCUACCCCCGGAACGGCAUCAUGACCAAAGACACGUGGACCGAGCACAAGCAGGACGUGGAGUUUCCCGAGCACUUUCUCCAGCCGCUCAUGCCCAUGAUGUUUGCGGGCAUCACCGCCUACGGACCCAACAACCACAGAGCCUUUUUGGAACUCAAGUUCGGAGAGGGGGUCAUUGAGAACCCCCAGUAUCCUAACCCUUCCAAGAAAGGUCUGGACAGGGCCAAAUUAUGAGAGGACAUUAGUUUGCAACACCGGACUCUUAGCUAUGCUUUUUGGGACAUUCUUUAUCAGUUGGCUUUAUGUGGAUGUGUCGUGCAAUAACAUGUUUUCCCUUUUCCUCAUAUUUGAUGGAAAUCACUGUGCCGUGUAAGAUGUAAACUCAUCUUGUUUUUGCACUGAUUUUGGUGACAGUUUUUGCACGUUUGAUGAAUGCAUGGUACUGUAUAACAGAGCUAUUCAACUAGUGGCCCGUGAGCCAAAUCUGGCUGUGAAUGACAACAACUUGUGAGCGACUUUUACAGCAGAUUCCUUAAAACAGCAGUGACGGUUAUUCAUGAUUAACCCAUUUUGUACGUCAAUAUUCUAAAAAAAAAAAAAAAUUGAAGGGAGAAUUUUGGCUCUCCUGAAUGAUGUGGCAAUCCAGAACAAGUUAGUAGAAUAUUCCUGCUAUAUAUACACCAUCAUGAUUGGUGUAUGUGGAAUAAAAGAAAUAAAGAUCCUUUAAAUGUGCAGUGUGAGGUGAUAUAACGCUUCCCCUUGCGUUUAUUUUGUACCGCCCGGGACCAAUCCAGGGCAGCAUCUGGCAUCCAUGUGUGGGAAACCCUCUGGGGGCAAUAUGGGUGAAGCAUCUUUACCCCUUUACCCUGUUUUGUAGUCUUAAUACUUGGAAGCUCCACUAGGUGGCGAAACAUCUGAAAUACGUAAAAUUAAUUAAGGUAUAUUUGAUGACAAUGCAAACAGGAGCGCUUUCUUGUCACAGAUGUUGCACUGCAUGUAUACCCUAUCAUUACAAAAAACAGCAGUGUGUGUAAAGCAUCCUACAUUUCACGCAUUCCUAAGUGGUUAUAUGCACCAUCCCUUUUGUCUAUAAAUAAGCUUUCAUACUGUUGUCAUAAAAAAAUUUAUUGUUGACAACCCAAAAGGCAGACUUUCAUGUGCAUAGACACUUCAAGUAUAAAUAUUCAACAUAACGGAAACCCAGCAAUGACAUUGUCCACACAACAGAUCUUGGACCAACAACAAAUUUGUACUAUUGGACGUAUCAUAGUGUCAUUUGGCUCAUAAUGUCCUCGAAGUGAUAGUAACCUAGAAAAAUCACAAUAGGUGACAGAACGAGCAUGAAGAGUACCAUUCACCUGCUAAAAAAAAUGAAAAAGACAAAAUCCCUGUACCCAAGUGGAAGCACCUGGAAGACAUACAAAAUAAAACCCAGAAAAAAAUAUAUAAAAUAUCUAUAGAAUAAUAAAAUUAGAUCUUCUCAGAUGAAAAAGAAUCACUUUGGAAAUCCAACAGUGACAAAAUAUCUUUGGAUAUUUGACUUAAGAUAUACACAUUUGACCUCUGAGGUCAAUAAAGUUAUUUCCAUACUGUCAUUCGCCAGCAGGGGGAGUUAAUCAUUAAAAAAUGACAUUCUAAUAUCCCCUGUUGAUACCUUUGUAUAAAUAAAGCUUUCAAACUCAUCUCUGUGCUCUGCUUUGAUAUGAAAGUUGAAAAAAACAGGCCUGAAAAAGGACAUUCUAAUAUCCCCCGUUGAUACCUUUGUAUAAAUAAAGCUUUCAAACUCAUCUCUGUGCUCUGCAACGAUACGAAAGUUUAAAAAACAGGGCUGAAAAACUAAAUAAAAGGGAUUAUUUUUGGUCUUUAGGAGGGAAUGAACAGUCUUCAAAUCGGUAGAGCCUGAGGUCGGAUUUUUUUUUUUUUUUUUAAAGAGGCAUAAAUGGCUUUGACAUAUCGCUUUUAUGUUUUAUGUUUGUUUUUCCCCGCAUAUGUAAUGAAGUGACCUGGACAUAUUUGAGAAGAAUUAGCAUAAAGGACCACCAGUUAACCACCACAACACAUACAACAUACAUGAAAUAAACAAUUUUCAAAAGGAUGAAGAUGCCAACCUUGGCAAACUUCAUCCAUUUGUGUUAAUAUCCGAGGUCCAACUUGUCUUUAACCUUCAAUAAAUUACAUUACAAAUACAGUAGUCCUUCACGUCCCAAUGGGUAAUAACUGCUGACCUAAUAGCGCUGCAAAAAAUUGUUGGAAAAGUUGUCCAUCAUCAGCUUCCACGGGAGAACCAGGUCAAGCGGCUUUAUGUUUUUUUUACACCAUGUCAUUCACAUUGUUGCUCACUGCAUCUCCCGCCCCACCUUGUUUUGUCAUAAGCGGCGAGCGUUCUGCUGCAGGGUCGACAUCCGGUUUGACUUCCAUCAGCUCCACUCCUUCCUGUUUGGGCGUGCGGUCGACGAAGAAUUGCAGGAGCCCAGCUCCAAAGGCAUCGCCUUCCACGUUGAGCACCGUGCAUGUGCGGUCACUAAAGACAAAAGAUGAGAAUGUGUGAUUUUUUAAUCAAAUGAAGCAUUCUCCCCCACUCCUUGAUACAGUCAUACCAAUAAUAAAGACAAUUCAUUAAUGCAGUGAUUCCCAAAGUGUGGGCCAUGAGAGCUCAUUAAAAAUAUGAUUCAUUUUUGAAAAUAUUAUUUAAAAACA